UCAUGGCAAUGGCGUAAAAUCAAGUCCUUUCAAUCAUUGAUCUCAGUGUAGAAUUCUGAAAUAACCUCAUUUAUUGAUGAUUUAACAUUUACCAAAACAAACGGCAUUUUAAAGAGGAAGAGAUGGCUAACACAGAAGAAUCGACGAGCAACGACACCGCAGAAGAUAGAUUGGUGCCUAGUGAGAGCAAUGAUGCUGCGUUAUCACCUGAUAACGUCGAUAUUAAUGCUCAAAUUGACGAACAACGUGCAAGAAUGCAGCCAACCAAAAUGGAAUCGUUUUUUGCUAUAACUAAAUCCUUGAUACUAAGGGCUUUGGUUGUGUAUUUCAUCACCUCAAUGUUCCGUCAGCCGGCUGCUCCUAAACCAGAAGUGAAUUCUCCAACAGGGGCCCCAAGGAUUCCCUCCAUCAAUAUGUUUUCUAAUGGGACAGAAUUAGAUAUGUUUUGUUACUUAUCUGAAAAGGAGUUUUUUGGAAAAUUUGAAGAUGCUAAGUUAAUUUGGAAGCAUGAGGGUAUUACCUAUGGGGAUUGGUAUGCAGGACCAAACAAGGAUGGAACCUACACAUUUUCUACUACAAUUGAACCUUCACAUUCCUUAAAAAAUAAUGGCUCAAUUUAUCUUCAUGUGUUUAUAGUCCAAGCAGGAAAGUCGCCUGACCCCAGGGACACAGAAAACUAUGCUGGGGAUUUCAUUACCUAUGGCAAAAAGAUGGUUAACAAGUACAAGAAGCUACGUUACAUGAAAACACAUAACUUACUGACUGGCCAGACUGAAAAGUCAGAGGAGGAACAAAAGAAAGCGGAGACUUUAAAAGAAGAAAUAGUGUCUCAUUGGCAUCCCAAUUUGACUGUCAAUUUGGUGACAGAUCAGACCAAUUGGAUGCAAGGGAGCGUACCACCACCUCUAGACGAGUUCAUAUACUUUGUGCCUGAUGGCAAGUACUACAAGCCAGCUGUGUUCCUAAAUGACUACUGGAAUAUGAUGAGAGAUUAUGUGCCAAUUAAUUCAUCUACAACUACUCUUGAGUUGCAGUUAACUUACCAGCCAUUGAGUUUGUUCAAAUGGCAGCUGUACACAGCACAAGCUAUGAGAGAUAAGCUAAGCAUGUUUUCAGCUCUUGGGGCCGAGGAGCAAGAUGAGGAGCAGGACACUGUUAAGGAGCUGCUCCUAGACACCUCCCCCUAUCUGCUGGCACUCACCAUAUCAGUCUCUAUACUGCACUCAAUAUUUGAACUCUUGGCAUUCAAAAACGAUAUUCAGUUCUGGAACAACAGGCAAUCACUUGAAGGCCUCUCUGUGAGAUCAGUAUUUUUCAAUGUUUUCCAGUCAACUGUUGUACUAUUAUAUGUUUUGGACAAUGAGACUAAUGUUAUGGUCAGAAUUUCAUGCUUCAUAGGUUUAUUAAUUGAAAUAUGGAAAAUUAACAAGGUGAUGGAUGUGAAAAUUAAUAGAGAAAACAGAAUACUUGGUAUUCCAACAUUAAGUUUCACAGACAAGGGAUCCUAUGUAGAAUCGAGCACUAGGGAGUAUGAUACUCUGGCAUUCCGUUAUCUCAGCUGGGCAUGCUUCCCACUGCUUAUUGGUUAUGGAGUGUAUUCCCUACUUUACCAAGAGCACAAGGGAUGGUAUUCUUUCGUUCUUAAUAUGAUGUAUGGAUACCUCUUGACUUUCGGAUUCAUCAUGAUGACGCCGCAGUUGUUUAUCAACUACAAACUCAAGUCUGUUGCCCACCUCCCAUGGCGAAUGAUGACAUACAAGUUCUUGAACACAUUUAUUGAUGAUAUAUUUGCAUUUGUGAUUAAAAUGCCAACUAUGUAUCGUAUAGGCUGUUUCCGUGAUGAUAUUGUAUUCUUUAUAUUCCUAUACCAACGUUGGAUCUACAAGGUGGACCACAAGCGGGUGAAUGAGUUUGGCUUCUCCGGUGAGAUGGAGUUGCAGCAGAGCCAGGAGAAGAAUGGCACCCCUGCCAUUACUGAAGGCGAGCCCGCUGACAAGAAAAAUGACUAAGGCUUUUUGCCUGAACUAUAUAAUAUUGUUGUUAUCAGUACAUUUCUGUCCUUAAUCUAAUAAUUGAAAUUGGGCAAACAUAUUUAUUAUAAUCUAGUUAAUACGAUUUAUCUUACAUGAUGCUGGUGUAAGCUAAGGGAAGUAAAGAUUUGUGCUAGGAUAUCGGUUGAUAUUCUAGCAUAAUUCUUUACAGCUUGUGUUAUGUACAUGGGUAUGUCCAUGCCAUUGCUGUUUUUAUUUACAUAAUAAUAUGUAUAAAGUGCGUCUUGGGGAUGUAUGAACUCUUGGUUUAAUUAAAUUUGCAUAUGAAUUAAAGUAUUAUACAAGGUCUUGUGAUUACAUACCUACGUACAAACAUUCUAUUAAGGUUACCAAAGAAUUUUCUUGGUUGUACUUUUAUUCAAGUUCUGACAGUAUUUUGUAUAUGUUCCAGAGGUUAGAAUAGGAGGCCAGAAUUCUUGCAAUGGACAUUUAGAAAUACCUUUAGUUAUCUAAGGCUCUAAGCUGAAGAUAAUAAGGACGAUGUUUCAAUACCUACCGUCUUGGAUUACGCAAGAACGUGGCCCACUUUUUAAAAUACUAUCAUAUCAUUCUUUACAUUUUUUUCGGAUCUUAAAAAUAGCAAAAAUUGUUAUAGAUUUUAGUUAGGAUUGUUAAGGUUUAUUGAAUUUAUUCUUUAAUACAUAAUGUAUUCUUAGCAGGGUAAAAGAACAAGCGACUUAAUGAAAAGGAUUUGAUUUCACUCGAAUAUAGGCGUCUCGUGAUGUAGGUACCUAACUAUGACGUACCUAAAUAUUUUGAUAUUUUAUUUCAUUUAACUAGACUGCCUCGAGUGGGCUAUAAGUUUUACUUGUUCAAAGUUAUUGUUUACCCAUCGCGCUAAUACUGAUAUCCGAGCAAGCUAAAUAUCCCAAAAUUGAAAGAGGAGGUGAACACUUUAAUAAAUCAUCGUACCAGCUAUAGUGAAAAAUCAAAAACAUGUACUAAACUGGCACUCUAGCUCUAGACUGUAUAAACUUUUCACACUAAUUUUAAAGAAUAAGAAGAGCUUUACCAGCGGGCAUGGUGAAAAUUAUUGGUACAUCGGUUCCAAUUUCCAAGUCACGAUUGUAAUUCGAUUCAUAAAUAUUUGUGUGAUUUAUUUUAGAAUAUCAACAUACGUUUGCAGUUUGAUUAUUGAUACUUUCGACCAUUAGUAUUAACGAGUGUUAUUAACGACGCAGUUGGUCAAGUGAUAGCAAAUUCUCUACUUAGGCGAAUCUUAUUUCAAGUAUCUACGUUAUUCCAUUCUCUUAUAUUUACUGAAUUACUUAUUUCAGUAUUUGUUGUUCUUCGAAUAUUAUCGAUUUUGUUAAAACAUUCUAAAGUAUUGAUUAUUGUGGAAAUAAAUGGGUAUAGUGUGCGGGAGGUAAGGUGGUGCGAUAGCGGAUCAUAUAGCCGAGGGUCUACAGCGAAUAUCUUCGAUCGCUCGUUGUCUGCUUUCGUUCUCUAUCGCUCGACAAUGCAAGAUCGAUAGGAUAAAUUAAUAAUCGAGCGAACGAUCAAAAAUGUUGGCAGUAGGCCUUCCGACUACGACCCGCAGGGGUCAUGCUCCUUACUUGCCGCCUGUUAUACUGUUAAUGUGA